AUGCCAUUAGUGAAAAGAAAUAUCGAUCCUAGGCACUUGUGCCACACAGCACUGCCUAGAGGCAUUAAGAAUGAACUAGAAUGUGUAACCAAUAUUUCCUUGGCAAAUAUAAUUAGACAACUAAGUAGCCUAAGUAAAUAUGCUGAAGAUAUAUUUGGAGAAUUAUUCAAUGAAGCACAUAGUUUUUCCUUCAGAGUUAACUCAUUACAAGAACGUGUGGACCGUUUAUCUGUUAGUGUUACACAGCUUGACCCUAAAGAAGAAGAAUUGUCUUUGCAAGAUAUAACAAUGAGAAAGGCUUUCCGAAGUUCUACAAUUCAAGAUCAGCAGCUUUUCGACCGCAAGACUUUGCCUAUUCCCUUACAGGAGACAUACGAUGUUUGUGAGCAGCCUCCACCUCUCAAUAUACUCACUCCUUAUAGAGAUGAUGGUAAAGAAGGUUUGAAGUUUUAUACCAAUCCUUCAUAUUUCUUUGAUUUAUGGAAAGAAAAAAUGUUGCAAGAUACAGAGGAUAAGAGGAAGGAAAAGAGGAAGCAGAAGCAGAAAAAUCUAGAUCGUCCUCAUGAACCAGAAAAAGUGCCAAGAGCACCUCAUGACAGGCGGAGAGAAUGGCAGAAGCUGGCCCAAGGUCCAGAGUUGGCUGAAGAUGAUGCUAAUCUUUUACACAAGCAUAUUGAAGUUGCUAAUGGCCCAGCCUCUCAUUUUGAAACAAGACCUCAAACAUACGUGGAUCAUAUGGAUGGAUCUUACUCACUUGCUGCCUUGCCAUUUAGUCAGAUGAGUGAGCUUCUAACUAGAGCUGAGGAAAGGGUCCUAGUAAGACCACAUGAACCACCUCCACCUCCACCAAUGCAUGGAGCAGGAGAUGCAAAACCCAUACCCACCUGUAUCAGUUCUGCUACAGGUUUGAUAGAAAAUCGCCCUCAGUCACCAGCUACAGGCAGGACACCUGUGUUUGUGAGCCCCACCCCCCCACCUCCUCCACCACCUCUGCCAUCUGCCUUGUCAACUUCUUCAUUAAGAGCUUCAAUGACUUCAACUCCUCCCCCACCAGUACCUCCCCCACCUCCACCUCCAGCCACUACUUUGCAAGCUCCAGCAGUACCACCACCUCCAGCUCCUCUUCAGAUUGCCCCUGGAGUUCUUCACCCAGCUCCUCCUCCGAUUGCACCUCCUCUAGUGCAGCCCUCUCCACCGGUAGCUAGAGCUGCCCCAGUAUGUGAGACUGUACCAGUUCAUCCGCUCCCACAAGGCGAAGUCCAGGGGCUGCCACCACCCCCGCCACCGCCUCCCUUGCCUCCACCUGGCAUUCGACCGUCAUCACCUGUCACAGUUGCAGCUCUUGCUCAUCCUCCCUCUGGGCUACAUCCAACUCCAUCUGCUGCCCCAGGUCCCCAUGUUCCAUUAAUGCCUCCAUCUCCUCCAUCACAAGUUGUACCUGCUUCUGAGCCAAAGCGUCAUCCAUCAACCCUACCUGUAAUCAGUGAUGCCAGGAGUGUACUUCUGGAAGCAAUACGCAAAGGUAUUCAGCUGCGAAAAGUCGAAGAGCAGCGUGAACAGGAAGCUAAACAUGAACGCAUUGAAAACGAUGUUGCCACCAUCCUGUCCCGCCGCAUUGCUGUGGAAUACAGUGAUUCGGAAGACGAUUCGGAAUUCGAUGAAGUGGAUUGGCUGGAGUAA